AUGGCAGCCCAAAGUCCGGAAACCGUUACGCCGGUUCCUGGUGCAGUGGCUCGCGAGAAACAGCCGGACUGUUCCACAAGGCCCGUACGGGAAUCCAAAAUAUAUCCGAGUCACCCGAUCGCUCAGCUUCAAGGUCCCUUUCAAGAAUCGAUUCUCGAAGCAACCGACAAUUCAGCGAACGAGUGGGUGGUGGACAUCGACGCACAAACUCGCCGUCGAGACUUACUAGAGAACGAUGAAUAUGAGCGACUUUGCGGUCGAAAAUGGCACCAAAGAGCCUCGGAGAAGUACCAUCCAUUCUGGAAGCUGGUUUCCCAGAUGGUUUUUGGUGUCCAUCUACUAGCCAAGCGGUUGGCGAAAUCAGACCAAGAAGUCAUGAAAAUUCUCCAGAGCCAUGUGGAUGAGCUAGACGGGUUUUUACAGAGAACCACCGAAGACUUCCUUAUUAUCCACCUGGAUGUUCGCACCCGGAUUCAAUACUUGAGUCUUCCACUUGGCAAUCUGGAUGUGUUCGAUGAGAUGUUGGCAGAUCGGAAUUUCCGCCUGGCCCUGGUGGCCUACAAUGACCAGAUUGAGCACUCCGUUGACCGGUUUACAUUAGCCAUUACCGAUGCCAUCAAAGACCUGAGAAAGGGUAAAGAGGCAAUGGCGGCUCUGUGGCAUUACCUGCUCCAACUCUCAGAUCAAGGCUGCUUCCAGUCAGAUAGCCUCAGGGCCUUCUACAAGGCCAUGAUGGAGAACAUGGAGGGUUGGAUAAUAGCUUUAUCAAAACUACGUCGGCGUGGUGCAGCUCUCCAAAAGGCGCUUGGACAACUCGCAUUCGCGGUCACCGAGAUGCAACGACGGGUUGGCGUAGCGAGUCGGAAAGACCUGCGGGCAUCCCUCAAAUCUGCUCAUGGAGUUGGCCGAACCAAUUCUGUCAGACAGAGGCUUUUCGCGAAGAGUCCAGCAUCCAACAAACCGCUCCCUCGUGAUCCAUCAUUGAAGCCCAAGCUUAGCUCAGCCUCUCGGAAGGUUGCGACGCCUGCUGCCGAAAAGACAGACAAUGAACCCGAAAAUGAAAAGACUACCAAGAGAGAUUCGACCCUGCCGAAGUCCCUCAAUCGAGCCAAGUCAUGCAGUGCACUGGCGGCACAGGCGCAGGCAGGCACUGAUACUGGAACUCCGCCUCCAAUGCCAGAACGACUGAGCAGGAAGCUCUCCAAGCCCUUCCUACCAAAACGCUCUGUCAGUGAAAAACUCGAUAGUGCGCCGCAAAGACCAUCUACAGCGCCAGCCCGAACUCUUAAAUCUCGGAGCGCCUCUAUCGAGCAACUGAAAACUCUAUGGGCCAAUGGUCGUCCUCGAACGCAACAAGGAAUGGCCAAAUCACCCACUCAGUCUCAACAGCAGAACGUGCAGCGACCGUUGAAUGGACCCGAGACCAUGAAAGAUCAGAUCUCCCUGUUCCUCAAGACAGACCGAGUGGUCGAGGCCUGGGACACGAUUGCUCAUAAAGCCAACUGCUGUGGUCAGUCCCUCACAAAGACGAAGGAAUGGCCCAGCAGUAUAUUCCGAGCCAAGUCCUCUGAGAAAUUGCACGUGCGUCCCGGAAAGAGAUCGGGGUUGUCAGGCGCAGUCCUGGAAAGACAGAUGUCAUGGGUACAAGAGCCGGAGUUCUUGAACACGUAUUCAUUCAAACAACGACCUGAGAUAUCACCUCGGAUCCAUGUUCUGUCUGUCCAGAUGACUUUGGACGAAGAGGUGAAUGAAACGCAGAGUCCAGGAGCUGAAUCAAUCCAUGAUUUUGGAGGUGAUGCCGGUUCGAUCAUUACAGCCUUGCCAGCUGUACCGCCUCCGACACCUGCAUCGAUUCCAUCUCUUGCUACAGAAUACAGACCCGAGACAGUUGAAUGUGCUCACUAA